AUGCCUUCGACUGUCUCUUCGCCCGCUAUCAAUAUCACGGCUGCCCCGGCCACUCCCAUCCCCGUCCUUGCCUCCUCCCCUUCCUUCAACCCCUCGGCUCUCAGACGUUCCUCCCUCGCGCUCUCUGUCGGUUCCUUCCAUGCUGCCCAACUCAGACGCCCUUCCUUCUUCUCCCCUCUUCCUUAUUCCCACUCUCCUCAAUACUCCGACAUGUCCCAUAGCACGUUAAAUGAUGCGUAUGGCUCGUCCCCACGGAUCGGCGGCGAUGUCUAUGAGCGCGACCUGGAGGCCAACUACUGCAAAAACUUUUCUUGCUGUGGCCUCACCCUCAACGACCUCCAUGCCCUCCUCCAGCACUACGAGGAGGCCCAUGUCCGGUUCGAGGAGGACGAUUUUGAGGAUGAAUUUGAGGACCUGCUCGGGUUCACGGAUGACGAUGGCUGGUCCACCCACUCCGAAUCGACCCCCAGCAGUCCCCAGAUGAUGGACCGUUCAUAUCACAGCAAUACGACUACUACUUUGGCAGCAGCAGCAAAGGCAGCCGCAGCGGCCACGGUCGCAGCUCUCACGGCAGCGACUCUGACGCAGAAGCCAGCAGCCAACAAGAAGGCGAACGGAGUCUCAUUGUCUGACAUCUAUUCGGAGGAUUCCACUUUUAUGAUCCCCGACGAGGCCGUUUCUGCAUUUCCCAAUUCUGUCUUCAGAUCUACCUGUAUCAUUUCCACCCCACCUUCUGCUGCCACGCAAGCUGCUCCAGGUACAAUUGCUACCCCUGCCUCCAAGAAGCGGGACCUCGCUGCCUUUUCCUCCUCCCUCGAUACCCAGAGCCCCGUCUCUAAGAAGGCCGCCACCUCCAUCUCCCUCUCCAGAACUUCAUCCCUCUCGACUACCGACAUCAAGGCUGAUGGUGCCACUGCCUCAUCAACUUCCCAGGAGGAGCUGAUGUCGACGGUGACGAGCUACUUGGAGCAUGCGAUCCAGAACGGACUCUUGCCCAACUGCGGAGAGGUUGGCUCGCCCUCAUACCUCCUUGCUGCCGAGGAGCUCCUUCAGAAGCGCGAGGAGAUUGUCAGCAUGAUGGAGAGCAUUGGUCGGUCGGGAUCCUCCGGUGCCGAUAAGCCUUACCGCUGCUCGGUCGAUGGCUGCGACAAGGCCUACAAGAACCCCAACGGUCUCAAGUACCAUCAUCAGCACGGCCACUGCUCCGUUCCCGGAUCGGGCGAGGACGACAAGUCGAACGUCAAGCCCUACCGCUGCACCUUCCUCGACUGUGGCAAGUGCUACAAGAACCUCAACGGUUUGAAGUACCACAUUGAGCAUUCCCACCCCAACCUCGCUACUGCCCUGCAGGCCCACAUCACCGGUGCUCCUGCCUUGGACGGUGUCCAGGCCAGCCAGUCGGCCAUUGCUGCCGCUGCUGCGAUUGCUGCCGUCAAGGGUGACACUGUGAUGAUGAGCGCCAUCCAUGCGAUUAUCUCGUCCAAUGCCAACGGCCAGCGUUCCUCUGCUGCUGCUUUGAUCGAGAACACCCCCGAGUCCAGCCCUAACUCGAGCCCCGUUCUUGCCCCCGUCGUCGAUGCCUCUGCUGUCGCUGCUGUUGUUCCCUCCAAGAACCCUUACUCGGCCUACGUCACGCCCUUGACCUCGCCUAUUCUCAGCCGCGCGACCUUAUCGAUCCAGACGACGCUGACUGCCAUCCAGCAGCAGCAAUUGACUGGCUUGGCCACCCCUGCCUCGCUCUCUCCCACGUCCCCUCGUUCUCCUGUCUCUUCCCCUCGUACCACUUCCUCUCAGGUGUCGACCUUGACGGCCGCCCUUGCCGCUGUUGCCGCCGAGCAGCAGCGACUCCUCCUCCAGCAGCAGUAA